AUGUCGUUCAGCUGGAAGGGCCUUCUCGGCGUCAACCAGUCUUCUGCAUCGUCCUCUCUCGCAUCUCCGGGAACGUCGACAUCCAACAACGCCUCGACCGCACCCAGCUCUAAUGCGCCAAGUCAUACCACUUCGGCUUCAGCCGCCACCACCUCCACGGCAGCUUCUUCGACCUCGGCGGCAUCUUCUGCGAUGAGUCCAUCUGCAUCACGCAGUCCUCUCAACGCCAAUCCUUACUCGGCAACCCAAUCACCAGCUCCGGCUGUACCACUGUUCGGUGGCAUGAUGCCUGGCUCGACUUCGUAUCACAGCACCAGCUACAUCCCAUCGUCAUCCUCUACCACACAAUCUUCUCUCGUAUCGCGCAAGCCCUCCGAGAUUCCCCUCAACGCCGUCGAAGGUGGAGGAUACCUGCUCGGCAUGGAAAACUUUGGCAACACCUGCUACGUUAACUCCGUGAUGCAGUCGCUCUACUUUUGUCGGCCCUUUCGCGACUCGGUGCUCAGCUACAAGGCGUCCGGUCGGGAACGAUCCGAAUCAGAUCCGAGUAGCACGAACGGGCUCCUUUCGAUCGGUGAUCUAAGCUCUCGUUCUCCCCCAGAAACCGCAGCUCAGGCCACCGACGGCGUGCCUCCCUCAGAUACCCUGUUUGCAUCGCUACGUGAUCUGUUCGAAGUGAUACAGCAGUCGGGCCAUCACAAGGCAUUGUCGUCGCCGACCAGAUCCACCGCUCCCGGAUCUCUACCCCUCGCCAGCCCCCUAUCCCCUUCCCCGCCCGCUGCAGGCGCUGCAGAGCAGCCCGCUGUCGUUGUCGCACGAAAGACCUCCAUUCUUGGCCGCCCUUCCACCGCAGGCGCUGUUGCCGGGAGAGGUGGUUCGGGCAGUCAUACAGUUUCCUCUGCCACCGUCAGCGCCGGUGCGACGGCGGCGCAGGCAAUUCCAAUCACGCCCAACUCGGUGGCAGGCUCCGGACCCCCCAACCUAUCCAUCUCGACAAGCUCGGCGGGCACGCUGGCCUCUGGCUUCCCCUCGGUGGAUUCGAGUGCCGUCAAAUCCUUCCUCACCACACUCAAGCGCGAAAAUGUGCUCUUCGACAGCACCAUGCAUCAGGACGCACACGAGAUGCUCAACUUUGUGCUCAACAAGGUCGGCGAGGACCUCAUCGAUGCCGACAAGGCAAAAAGCCGCGUCAAAAUGCAGAGUCGCAACCCUUACCUCAACACCAGAACCGCUUCGGACAAGACGAUCGAUGCGCUACGCAAGCGGAAUGUCAUGGAGGUCGGCCCCAACGGCAAGACGUGCGUCCAUCGUCUCUUCGAAGGUGUGCUCACCAACGAGACCCGCUGCCUCACAUGCGAGACCGUCACGUCCCGUGACGAAUGCUUCCUCGAUCUCUCGAUCGACAUUGACAAGAACUCGUCCGUCACGUCCUGCUUGCGUCAGUUCUCGGCCUCGGAAAUGCUGCGGUCCAGAAACAAAUUCUUCUGCGACUCUUGCUCCGGUUUGCAGGAGGCAGAGAAGCGCAUGAAGAUAAAGAAGCUGCCCAACGUUCUCGCCCUCCAUCUCAAACGAUUCAAAUACGAAGAGACGGUGCAGCGCUAUGUCAAGCUCGCCUACCGCGUCGUCUUCCCACACGAGCUUCGCCUCUUCAACACAUCCGAUGACGCUGAAGAUCCGGAUCGUCUUUACGAGCUCUGCGCCAUCGUCGUACACAUAGGUGCAGGCCCUCAUCACGGCCACUACAUCGCCGUGGUCAAAGUUGGCGAUCGCUGGGUCCAAUUUGACGACGACGUUGUCACUUAUAUCGACGAGGCCGAGCUGACCAAGUACUAUGGCGACCGUCCUGGUCUGGGCAGCGCCUACGUACUCUUCUACCAGGCAGUUGAUUUAGAUUUCGAUGGACUCGGACUCGAGGAUCCUGCGCUUCAAGCUUCGGCCCAGCAGCGAGCCGCCUCGGGCGUGACCGCUGAAGCGAGAGGCAGAGCAGGCCUCAAGGUGCCAGACAUGACCGACCCGCGAGGCAACAUUUCACCUGACAGAUCGGGCGCAGCUGCCACGGCGAAUCGACCGCGGCUAGAUUCGGUCACCGAAGGAAGCCCACUGGUAUCCGUGGGCGCGGGUCAAGCCGAGCCCGGCCAAGGCGGAAACGGCUGGUUCGGAUCCUUCCGAAAACGUGCAGGAAGCCAAUCGAGAAGGAGGCCAAAGACAGCAUCCGCUUUGGAGCCUACCUUGGGCAAUAUGCCCAGUCUGCCAGGGUUGCCGGUUUCAAGUACACAUGUCGAUCUCGCGAAGCAUACAGCUCCCGAAGGUGACGGUGCGAGGCCAGACAACGUCUCGGCCCCGAUGCAGUCGGCUGCUGCCAACGAUAGCGCCUCGCGCGGCACAACUGUACUCGCAUCGUCUGCCGCGACGCCAGCCACGGAGGGAGUACCAUCGACGCACCAUCCCCAGCCUCUUACCAGCGCCUCAAAUGCCGGAGUAGAGGCGACAGCCACUUCGCCGAUGCGCAAUGGCUUCACAUCAAUCAACGCAGCGUCGACAGUCAGCUCAGACGCCAACGUCACUCGCGCCACCACAGAGUCGCCAAGUGAAUCCAAGUAUGACCGCAUGCUGGGCAAUCAAGCCGACGCUGCCGCGAACCGUGUGGCGCGCGAGCAGAAUCUCAUGCGCGGUGCGAUGAAUCGCCGUGCUCGCGCCGCUUCCGAGGGUUUUCCUUCCUCUGGCAUGGUGGUGGAGGCGCCCUUGUCUCUUGGUCCGUUGGUCGCCGAGCCGGAAGACGGCCGUGUUGCUGUGGUAACGCCAAGCGCUGUUGAUCCUGAUGUGUCGGCGGCAUCGUCCUCGACGUCACCACAACGCGAGGCGUCCACCGGAGGAAGCGGAUUUGCGCCUCUUGAGCGGCUUAUGUCGUCCAAACAGAAAGCACAAGCGAAGACCGCACGACGUGCAUCCUCGAGCUACUCUCCCAUGUCUCCGACAGCAGAGCGGGCGGACAAGAAGGAUGGCAUGCUUUCGAAUCUGUUCAGCUCGUCUUCAUCAUCUUCUUCGUCGGCGGCCCAGUCGAAGCGCAACUCGAUGCAGCAGCUGGGGAAUGGGGCGAGCCCCAAUGUAGCAGGAGGCGGAGAAGAAGCGGGCCCUCCGACGCGCAAGCCUAGUAUCUCGACGAGGACGUUCAGCAAGACGUUUGGGUUUGGUCGCAAGAACGGAUGA